AUGCUGGCGGUCGCCGUGACGACGGCGGCGGCGGCGGCUGCGGCGGCCGCCCGCGGGCCCGAGGAGGACGGUGGCGCGGCGGGGGCGUGGCUCGACGACGCCUCGCUGUCGGUCUACCUGGACGCCCGCAGCAGUGCCCGCACCUGGAGCGACCGCAACCUCAACCUGCUGGUCGCCAUCGCCGCCGAGACCGCCCCCGGCCCCCGGUCGGCACGGGCCCCCCCCAUCCCGGGCGCCUCCUGCUGCCUGCUGUCCCCCGCCACCCCCCCUCCCCCCUCCUCCUCCUCCUCCUCCUCCACCAAUCAGCUUCCAGACUCCAGGCUACCGGAGCCUGCGGGGUGUGAGGGGUCCUUAAAGAGCGCCCCCCCGCAGACAGCGCCAGAGCAGCCGAGGCGGGGCCCGGCAACGGCCCCCACGGCGGCUAAACCAGCCAAUCACGUGGCACGGAGGGUCAGAAAGCCGGACCUGAGGCACAUCAAGGCCAAGGUGGUGUCCAGAGCCGCCCCUUCUGCAGCCAGACCGUCCAAUCAGAGACCGCCAGCCAAUCAGAGGAGAGCUAUUCCACGGAAGGAGGAAGUGCACGGCAAUGGAGAGAAAGGUCAAAGGUGGGCCGCGGGCGGGGUCAAGACGAGAACCUCGCCCUGCCGCUCCGUCCAAUCAGAGGAGAGGAGGAGCACGCUGGCCAAUAGGACGCUCUCCGGGUCCGCCAGGUCUGAUCUGGGGCCGGAGGUCGCGGAGGUGCCGACUGUGGCGAACGGCGUAACCAUGACAACGCCGGACACGCCCCCCGGGCAGAAAGUCUCCUCCAAGCUGGGGCCCGGGCCCAGGCAGCAGGCCGGCCAGAGGGCCCCGGGGGCGAGCUGCGCCACAGGACCCGCUGCGGUGUGGGGAAGCGGUGCUCCGGCACAGGGGGGCAGCGGGCCCAGGCCGGCCCAGGCUGAGAGCUCCUCGCUCGGGAAGGAGGCAGCGAGCACAGGGGCUGGAGCUCCAGGCAGAGCCAGACUGAGUCACAACCAGGGCCUCCUCAAGCCCCGCCCCAUCUCAGAGCGGAGCUCGUCAUUGGCCACCCAGUAUUCUGUGACCUCCAACUCCAAAGCAGCGUCGGCCAAUCAGUUAGCCGGCUCGUUGCCAUGCGGACGGUCGCUGACAGCCAUGCUGCCUCCCUCCAGCUCCAAACUUCCUGUCAAGGGAUUACCCAGAAGCUUAAGCUCCUCCUCCUUGGGAAGCAGCCCCGCCCAGAACAACAAAGAAGCUCCUGCGGGGAGCCCUGCGGACGAGAAGCCCGGCCGAGGUGCACCUCCCGUGGGCAACCACAGCCCGGCUAACCCCCCCGGCCCAGGCACCGCAGUUAGCACGGACGCUAACGCUAAUGCUAACAACAACGCCUGCAAUAAUGCUAGCACUAAUGCUAGCAGUACUGCUGCUAGCACCAGGGCUCCUGGGAUCCGUUGCAGAGCUUUUUCAGUACAGAACAGGACCAACACUACUGGCCUGAAGCCCCCCGCUGUCACCGGCUCCUCCCCCGCCAGGACCACCAAUCACGCCGCAGCCGGUCACAAAACGGCCGCCCCAGCCAAUCCGGCGUCGCCGGCCAAACCCUCCCAGAAUCCUUUUCAGCGGAGCGGCUCGGCCCGGUACAACCGGCCGCCAUCGACCAUCAGCCCAGUGUGGGUCCAGCAACACUGCCUGCCUGCAUGUCAGACACCAGUGGACAAGAACAAACCUCGGGGGGCUCCGGCCAGACCCAUCCAUGCUGGCUCCACCCCCACCAGCACCACCCCGCCCGGCUGUACCAGCACCCAGCCCGGCUGCACCAGCACCCAGCCCGGCUGCCCCCUCCCAGCUGGACCCAACCACAACCUCAACCAGAACCUUAACCAGCAGCCUCCAGCAGAGAUACAGAUUCCAGACCUGCUGAAUGGGAACGGGCCGCCGUGCCGCCGCCCAGCGCAGACCCCCGAGGUCGGAGCGCGCACCCCCACCUCCACCCCCACCUCCCCCUCCACCCCCACCCCCACCCCCCAGGGGAUGGGGGUGCGUACCGGGUCCCGCCCCAACGGCCGCGUGCCCCCCCGUCUGGCCGGGGGCCCCAGCUCAGGACCCCAGGCUGGGGGUGGGGGCCGGAGGGUGGAGGAGAAGAGGAGCCACAGUAAGGAGCAGGUGGAGGAGAAGCGUCUGAGGAGACUCCUGGUGCAGGGGAACCGCAGGGUGGAGGCACUGGCCACCGUCAUCCAACACCUCCUCUCGGAGCGUGAGAUGGUGUUGAAGCAGAAGCAGAAUCUUUCUAAUCAACUGACAGACCUGAAAGAGGAACUGGGUAAGAGACACACACAAACACCCACUCACACACGCACGCACGCUCGCACACACACACGCACGCACGCACGCACGCACUCACUCACUCACUCACUCACUCACUCACUCACUCACUCACUCACACACAUUCGUGCGUUGCGGUUCUCAUUUAACGGUCGACUUCAGUGACCUCUGACCUCUGGUGUCCAUCAGAGACGAUGCGAUGGUCUCUGAAGGACUACUAGUUAAGACGAGAGUGUUUGACGGUCUGUGGUGGAGACUAGUUAAGAUCAGAGCUGUUAUGCUGAAUCAAAUCAGAGGUUGAAAUAAUACUUGACAUCCUACUGAUCUUCACAGAACCACAUUCGUCCCCGACCCCUG